GAUGCAUUAGGACUGUGAUUACCGACGUCGCCAUCGCGUUGUCUGUCGCUGGAGUUGUAGUUCGGGACGUUCGUCCAGUGAAACGUGAUUGUUCGCCGCUUGUGCAUCUUUCCUGUUGACUGUUCCCUCGACAGCGAUAUAGAAGGUGUCGAAUAAUACGAGCAAUGAGUAAUCGUGAUAGACCUACGUGUUGAGGUUAAAUUACAGUUGAAAAAUAAUCGUUCGAUAUCGGGUGCGCUCUUGUGAACGGGCUAUGCGUUGGUUUUGCGUGUUGUUUUCCCGAGGUCACCGUCGGACUUUGACAGACGCUGAUAUGUCACGGCUAAGCGUGAUAUUCUUCGUACUAGGUGCUUGGAGUCUUACUGGCACGGUAUCUGCAGCACAAGAUGGUCAUUGUAUUUGGUAUGGAGAGUGUUAUACAGAUGCAUUUAUGCAUAAAAAGAAUUGUCCUUAUACGGGACCACCUAAGUUACUGGAUAAUGAAGGCCAAGAGUUAUUGGCCAAAAAUUGUCCUCAUUUAAUGGUUGAUUCUGGAAAUGGGAUUAACACUUGCUGCGAUACAAAUCAAUUAAAAACAAUGGAUAAAAAUAUCAAAUUAGCAGCUAAUUUUUUAAACAGAUGCCCUAGUUGUUUAGAUAAUUUAGUAAAACAUUUCUGUGAAUUUACUUGUAGUAAGGAGCAAAGCAAGUUUAUCAAUGUUACUGAAAUGGUGAAAGAAAAAGAUAUAGAGUACAUUAAUGCAAUAGAUGUUUACAUAACAAAUAAGUAUUUGGAAGGUACCUUUAACUCGUGUAACAAAGUAUCAGUUCCCAGUACUGGGCAAUUAGCAAUGGAUUUAAUGUGUGGAAUAUGGGGAGCUAGUAGAUGUACCACAUUAAAAUGGUUUCAUUAUAUGGGUGACGCAAAUAACCCAUAUGUACCAUUUCAAAUUACAUACAUAAAUACUGAUGAACCUGUAGGUCCGUUUAUUCCUGUGGAUCCUACAGUUACUCCCUGCAAUAAAGCAUUAAACAAAAAUACACCAGCAUGCAGUUGCGUAGACUGUGAAGCCAGUUGUCCAGUACCUCCACCAGCUCCUCCUUUACCAAGACCAUUCACCAUUUUUGGCUGUGAUGGCUAUGCUGUAGUGAUGAUAAUUACUUUUGUGUGUGGUUCAGUUCUCUUCAUCUUAUUCACUGUGUGCUUCAAUAGAAAACAAAUUGUUGCACGAGGUGAGGAAGUAGGAAGGCAGGUGGGUAGACGCCUAGCCGCAGGGUUACAUCACCCAGGAGAUGGUGCUCGUAUUGCUCUCGCCGCAGACCAGGAAGACAGCCCACUUCAAUCUAAACGUUCCAGUGUGAUAUCUGCAGAUGAUUUGCCGAGCGGAUUCGACGACGAAGAGCAAUCAACCUUCAUCGAAAGAUUGGGUGCAGGCACAGACAAACUGUUAGCAGAAUUCUUUUGCUGGUGGGGUACAGCAUGUGCAUCACGACCAUGGUUUGUCCUUUUCGUUGGUUUCUUAUUUAUUAUUGCUUUGGGACACGGAAUCAAAUAUAUACACGUUACCACCGAUCCGGUUGAACUAUGGGCUGCUCCGCAAUCCCGAUCAAGAAUCGAAAAAGAAUAUUUCGACGAACAUUUCGAGCCAUUCUAUAGAACCGAACAAAUAAUUAUAACAUCAGUUGGUUUGCCAAAUAUUAUGCAUAAUACAUCCAACGGUGUGGUAUCGUUCGGCCCCGUAUUUAAUGAUACUUUUCUCAAAACUAUCUACAAGUUACAAGAAGAAAUAAAAAAGAUAACAACUCCGAAUAACUAUACCUUAGCAAACGUAUGUUUUGCACCAUUGACCAGUCCCUUUACUGGUCCUGUAACAGCGUCACAAUGCGUAAUUCAAAGUAUAUGGGGAUACUGGCAAGAUAAUUUAGAAACUUUUGAUUAUACUACCAUAGAUGACGAUAAUUUUACAGUAAAUUAUUUAGAUCAUUUCAGAGUUUGUUCGCAAAAUGCGUAUAAUCCUGAAUGUCUGGCACCUUAUGGUGGUCCUGUGGAACCAGCAAUUGCAGUCGGUGGAUUUUUAUCACCAGGUCAAGACCUUCAGAAACCUUCGUAUGAAAAAGCCACAGCAGUGAUUUUAACUAUACUAGUAAAUAAUUACCAUAAUAAAUCUAAGUUACAUCCGGCAAUGGAAUGGGAAAUGAGUUAUGUCAAAUUUAUGAAAGAUUGGGUAGCGACGAAGAAACCAGAAUUUAUGGACAUUGCCUUCACUUCGGAGCGAUCAAUAGAGGAUGAAUUGAAUCGUGAAUCUCAGUCAGAUGUUUUAACUAUUCUUGUAUCGUAUAUUAUUAUGUUCGCGUAUAUUGCGAUUUCUCUUGGUCAGAUAAAAAACUGCAGUCGACUUCUGAUCGACUCUAAAAUUACUCUUGGCCUUGGUGGUGUUCUCCUGGUAUUGGCUUCUGUUCUUUGUUCUGUUGGUUUAUUUGGUUUCAUUGGCAUUCCGGCUACGCUCAUUAUUAUUGAAGUCAUACCAUUCCUUGUCCUUGCUGUUGGAGUAGACAAUAUUUUCAUUCUUGUCCAAACACAUCAAAGAGAAACUCGUCAUCCCAAUGAGUCAAUACCUGAACAUAUCGGUCGUAUUCUUGGUCAAGUGGGACCAAGUAUGUUGCUCACCAGCGUAUCCGAAAGUUGUUGUUUCUUCCUUGGCGGAUUAUCUGACAUGCCUGCUGUUAGAGCUUUUGCUCUGUAUGCCGGCAUGGCAUUAUUGGUGGACUUUGUGUUACAAGUAACAUGUUUUGUUAGCCUACUAGCGCUAGAUACUGUUCGUCAAGCAAACAAUAAACUCGAUGUAUGUUGUUUUAUUCGUGGUUCGAAAAAAGACAACGGAGAGGAGGUAGUGAAUGGAAUUUUGUACAAACUUUUCAAAAUCGUGUACGUUCCGCUACUCUUGAAAAAGUGGGUGCGUGCAUUCGUUAUGUUAGUAUUCUUUGGUUGGAUUUGUUCGAGUAUUGCGGUCGUUCCACAUAUUGAAAUCGGUCUCGAUCAGGAACUUUCCAUGCCCGAAGAUAGUUUUGUUUUGAAGUAUUUCAAAUUUUUAAAUAGUUAUUUAUCUAUUGGACCACCAAUGUAUUUUGUUGUAAAAGACGGUUUGAAUUAUUCCAAUAAGGGUGAGCAGAAUCUCGUAUGCGGCGGUCAAUAUUGUAAUAGCGAUUCAGUGUCUACCCAGAUAUUUAUAGCAUCAAAACAAUCAAACAGGACAUACAUAGCAAAACCUGCAUCAUCAUGGAUAGAUGAUUAUAUCGAUUGGUCUCAGCUACCAAUGUGUUGUAAAUAUUUUGUUUCAAAUAACACCUUUUGUCCGCAUACAGGAUCAAGUUCAUAUUGUUCUUCAUGUAAUAUUACCACAAAUAAUAUCGGCCGACCUAUACCAACAGAUUUUGAACGAUAUGUAUCGUUUUUCUUACAAGAUAAUCCCGAUGAAAUGUGUGCUAAAGGAGGUCACGCUGCUUAUGGUCACGGUGUUAAUUAUGUUACUAACCCUGAAGGACUGUCGAAAGUUGGGGCGUCUUAUUUUAUGGCUUACCAUACUAUAUUGAAAACAUCCGCUGAUUAUUACGAAUCAAUGAGAGCUGCAAGAGUUAUAUCGGCAAAUAUAACAGACACGAUUAACAGUUAUUUAAAAAAUAUCGGUAGCAAUCAAAAUGUUGAAGUAUUUCCAUACAGCAUAUUUUAUGUUUUCUAUGAACAGUACUUAACAAUGUGGCCUGACACAUUAUACAGUAUAGGAAUAUCCUUAAUCGCUAUUUUUGUGGUAACUUUCCUCUUGAUGGGCUUGGACAUAUUUUCCUCUGUUAUCGUUGUAACAACAAUCACUAUGAUUGUUGUUAAUAUUGGUGGUUUAAUGUAUUGGUGGCACAUAACGUUGAAUGCAGUGUCCCUCGUUAAUCUCGUUAUGGCUGUUGGAAUUGCUGUCGAAUUUUGUAGUCAUUUGGUACAUUCUUUCUCAGUAUCAGUGAAAACAACGAGGGUCGAAAGGGUUGCUGAUGCAUUAACAAAUAUGGGAAGUUCGAUUUUCAGUGGUAUAACUCUUACGAAAUUUGGUGGAAUUGUAGUACUCGGUUUUGCUAAAAGUCAAAUUUUUAAGGUGUUCUACUUCAGAAUGUACCUGGGUAUUGUGCUGUUUGGAGCUGCACAUGGUCUAAUAUUCCUGCCAGUAUUAUUAAGUUACAUUGGCGUGAUGUCGCGCCGAGGGCGUAGAAGAGUCGACGAAUGCGCCAGCAGGGCUGGAAACGAAUUUAGGAGUCAAGGGCCUGACUCUCCUUUACUCCAAAAUGACAGCAAUCAGUUCCCAACCACUUCCUACGCCAGUGUGAACUCCAUAGAUCAGUCACAUCAUCAAGAGGUGAUGUUUUAGAAUUAAAUUAUCCGAAUUAACUCAUAAAACGACUUUUAUACUUAGAGAGACUGAAUACAAUCUGUCUGUAUAAUACAGAAUUAUUUUUACUAUGUGGUCAACAAUUUUUUUUUAAAAGAUCUAGUAAGUUUACGCCUGAUGUUGAAUGAUGAUUGAGAUGAUCAAUACAAUCAGUGCGAACUAUGAAGUUCACGUCUGGUAUAUUUUGUAACAAGGAAGAGAAAAAUUUCGUAUCUUGUUAUUAUUAACAUAAUAAGAUAACGUUAUUUUUAGGACAUUUAAUUAUAAAAAAAAAAACAAAAGCAUAAAAAAAUAUCAUAAUUUUACAUUACUGUAUUUCUAAAGCUUUAAGAAAGAUUCGUGUAACAUUUGAACUGGUACAAUUGACCGAAUCAAUUAAAAGUACCAAGAGACAUGUAAUUUAAUUUUAAUUAACUGUAAUUUCAUGUUUUCCGGUUAUCUUUUCAGUUAAAGUGCGUAAAUAUGUAUGUAUUGCUUGACAGAUGGUAAAUGUACCUGCAUUUUUAUCGUGCUUUAUCUAUAUGCAUUUUCUCAUCGCGAGGUAAAUUUAGUUUCCGAUAUAGGUGUCGUACAAUGCAGGUCGUGAUAAAUUAAUUCGACAGUAAGAUUUGCUAUACGAGUAAAUAUCCUGCAAUGAACAAUUUAUUUUUUUUAAUGUUUUCCCUUGCACGACAUAAACUUGAAGCUUCAUCUAAAAGUAUUAACCGUCCAUAGUCGAGAUAGAACAUCGAACAUGUACAAAUUCGAAUUUUGCAUUGUAUAGAUCCGUAAAAAAAUUGUAUACAUGUGUAUAUAUGUGUAUAGCUAGCCGUAAUUCUCGACGUGGAUAGAUUUAUUAUUGUCAAUUUGAAAUUCAUGCGGCAUCGAUAUCGGAGUACUUUACCUUGGAUUUUAUUUUUUCCACAAUAUACAGGGUGUACCAUCUAACUUUAUCACCUCUAUUAUGGCAGUAACAAUUUUUUUUGUAAGUGAAGGAGUCGCGGUAAUUUCAAGAUUACGUUUGCUUUUUUAAAUAGAGUCGUAUAUUUUUUUUAUCUAAACUAUUAGUUUAGGAGAUAUUUUAAUCUUAAUUCUGUAAAAUUCAUCGUAUGAAAGACAGGAGCAAUUCUUUCAUUCAUAGUGUCCUUGUCUUUCAUGCAUAAAUUUUAUAAAAUUAAAAUUAAAAUAUCUCGUAGACUAAUAAUUUAUCGACAUAGAUAAAUUGCUUUCUCAUAGAGAAUGUCAAACUGGAAAGGAGUAAAGAAUAUAUUAUUUCUGAAUUUCUCAAACUACAAAAAACAUGGUCCUCUCCAAAUUAAACAAUUCUUAUUGACAAAAUCUUUUCAAUCUUUUCACAAGUAACUGAAACAUAUCAGGUGAUAAAGUGUUAGGUGGCAUGUAUGUAUAACAAUAGAACUUAUUGUUUCUUCUAUAUAGUUGAUAUUAGUAACAGUUUUCAGAAAUUUUUUUUUUUUGUUGAAAUCAAACAUUCAGAAAGUAUUUCGUAUUCCUUUUAUUUUUUCUUAUAAUCAAUAGGUAAAUUUUAGAUAAACUUUUUUUUAUUUAGUUAUUUUUGUCUGCAAUUUUACUUGGUUUAGGUUACUACAUAGGCGAGUCACAAGAUCCAAAUAUCAAUUGUUUUUUUAAUAACGUCUAGUAACUGCUUGGUUCUAUUAGGUUCUCUUCUUGCAACUUGCCUAAAUAAUUCUACGUAAUCAAUAAAUUUGACGAAAAGAGAAAAGAAAGAGACAGUUAGCCUUGUUAUUGGAGGUUAAAGAACAUAAACGUGUUUAAUUUUUGUUGCGUGCAUCAUCGGUGUCUUGUAAGAGUUGUACGUUUGUACUCAAUGCCUAUAACAAAUUUAAAACAAUAUUGUUUUUCUGUGUGCGAAAUUAAAUGGAGAAUGAUGUUUUGAAGCUAGCUUAAUCGCAUCGAAACGAUGUCAAUCCCCCCUUUAUAAACGUAAAUAUUCCCCGUAAACACGAGUUCAGACUCGUAUGUUUUGUAAAAUUAUUUGUAUACAGAUAACAAUUUUUAUACUGACAACAAAAAGAAUACGUGACACAAUGUUGUAAAGAACCUCGCUAGUUAAAUUAUAGAUCCGUUGGUGAUUGUUACGAUAUUACGCUGUGUAUACGGGUGAAAAAAAAAAAAAAUGAUACUUGUUCGUAUAAAUCGAUGUUUGUAAAUCCAGUUGAGUAUUCGUUAUACAUAUGAGAUUAGUAUUCAAACAGUCAAAAGCAUGUCCUACAUGUAUACAUGGUUAACAAAAAAGAAGUAUUAUGAAUGUUAAAUAAAAAUGUGCUGUACGCCUGGUAACAGGUAAAACUUAAAAAUUAUACUCGGGUUCAUUCACGUAUGAAAAAUGUAUAUGAACAACAUAUCACCGCAGAAUCUUCAGUAUUAAAUUUUUGUGUGAUGGAGACAAAGCACGGCAAAUACUACCAAAGAGAUGUCCGAACAACACAAUACCAUGUUAACACGUAAUACAAAUAAAAUUCUUUUCUGUUUGUA